AUGACUCGCCAGUUUGCUUCGCCGGCUUCGGCCAACAGCACAUACUUCAGACAAUUCGACUGCGGUGACAUUUUCAAUGGAGUGGUCAUCGAGACUGACAUUGACAACGUCGACACGCUCAGCAAAGUCCACGGCGUGGCCAAUGUCUGGCCCAUGAAGACUGUCCCGAUGGCGUCUACUAUCCGACGGGUGAAGGCUGCUUUGGACGUCAAGAACCAGAAUUACUCUGUUCAUCAAUGGACCGGUGUCGACCAGCUCCAUGCGGCAGGCGUUCGAGGCAAAGGUGCAACCAUUGCCAUUAUCGAUACAGGUGUUGACUAUACACACGAAGCUCUUGGUGGAUGCUUUGGCCCGGGCUGCAAGAUUGCUGGAGGUUAUGAUCUUGUCAAAGGGAAUUCUCACAAUGAGAAGCGAUUUCCAAAGGACCCGGAUCAGGAUCCGAUGGACUUUCAUGGCCACGGAACCCACGUGGCUGGGAUCAUUGCUGCGGAAAAUGAAUGGUUGAUUGGAGUUGCUCCUGACGCUCGACUUCUUUCGUUCAAAGUGUUUGCAGAUGACCCCUGGGACACCGACGAGGACGUGCUCAUUCAGGCAUUUUGCGAUGCAUAUGGCGCCGGGGCCGAUGUCAUCACCGCCAGCAUUGGUAGACCUGACGGGUUUGUUGACGAUCCUUGGGCUUUGGUUGCAAGCAGAAUUGCCGACAGGGGCGUUGUUGUUACCAUCUCCGCCGGGAACGAAGGCAAUACUGGGCCCUUCUACUCAAGCAGCGGCGCCAACGGCCACAACGUCUUGUCUAUAGCUGCCAUCAAUGUCACAGGAGAUCCGAGCAUCAGCACGUCUGAUCCCACCGCGGCACCACUUCCCGCUAUAUUCACGUCGUGGGGCCCUACCAACGAGUUGCUCCUCAAACCUGAUAUUGGAGCCCCAGGCUUCGAUAUCAUCAGCACCGUGCUGGGCAAUGAUUACGAUUCGAUGAGUGGGACGUCCAUGGCCGCACCGUAUAUUGCAGGCAUUGCUGCGCUUUACAUCUCCAAGCACGGCGGUCGGGAACUUCACGGCCCCGGGUUCGCCAAGAUGCUUGCCAACCGCAUCGUCUCCAGCGGAGUUAGCCUUAGAUGGGCUGCCGACAAUAUCGACUUUAAUUUCAGGGCCCCUCCAUUUCAGAUUGGGACUGGCUUGGUGAAUGCUCUCAAAGUUCUAGACUAUACCACUCAGCUGUCUUUUGAGCCUUUUUCUUUGUCAGAUUCCAUCCAGUUCCGACCAAGAUGGACUGCCAACAUCACAAAUACAGGGAAUCGAACCGCGGUAUACUCUUUCGAGAUUGAGCCCCAAGCUGGAGUGGAAAUCCUCGAUCCUCACUACGGCAUCAAAACCGCCUACAACCUGGAGCCAUUGCACAUCGUACCACCAGUGAAGUUGCCUGAGGAUGUUGCACUGGCACCAGGAGAGACGCGAGAGGUCGAGUUUUUCUUUGGACUUCCUGAAAACGUCAAUGACGAUUACCUUCCUUUGUAUGGUGGUAAAGUCUGGAUAAGAGGGAGCAACGGCGAAGACCUCUCCAUUCCCUACGGAGGGGCCGCAUACGAUACCGAGAAGGCUUUUGAUAGCAUGUUCUUGGGAGAGCCCUUCAUCACAGAUUGGGGCGCUAACUGGACCAGUUGGUCAUUCAACGCAGACAAGAACCGGUUUGACUUUAUGGAGUUGUCUGCGCGCCUCGAUUACCCAUGCUUCCACCUCCGUUGGGAUAUAUACACUGCAUACUGGACUGAGCCCCAUUGGGAGUAUCCUCCCGUUGUUGGGGUAUCAGGCUACGUUGGUGCGGCGGCUACGAUGCGAGAUGCCGAUACCUUUUGGUACUACGACCCAAGCCGCAUGGACAAGGAGCAAACGGCUGCAUUUCCGAUGCUGAGAGUUCCCCGUGGCUAUGCGAAGCAUUGGUGGUUCGGCAAGCUGGCAAACGGAAGCCACAUUGCGCCAGGCAAUUAUACCCUGCGAUUCGCCGCUUUGCGCCCCUACGGCAAUCCGAACAUCUCGGAUCACUGGGACAUUAUGCACAUGCCUGUCCGAAACAUCCAAGUCUUGCCAUAUAACGGCACAAAUGCCACCAUACAUAGAGGAUGA